UGCCAAACCAACCCUUAUCUUGCAAUCCCCUACCCCCCGCCCCCCUCUCUCUCAUCUGGUUCGAUCUGUCAUCACAUACAGAGAGGGGUUUGCUCACAGCCAAUGGCCAUGUCUAAGUCCCUUGCCUUCCUGGUCUUGGCACUCCUUGUCAUCUCUAUGAUUCAAACCACUGUUUUUGCUUCACAAGGGGGUGGUCAUCAUCUCAACAGAAAUCCAUAUGGCCCGGGGAGUGUGAAGAGUUCCCAAUGCCCAUCACGAUGCUCGCAGAGGUGCGGCAGGACCCAGUACCACAAGCCAUGCAUGUUCUUCUGCCAGAAAUGCUGCAAGACGUGCCUGUGUGUCCCACCAGGCUAUUAUGGGAAUAAAGAAGUGUGCCCUUGCUACAACAACUGGAAAACCAAGCAAGGUGGACCCAAAUGCCCCUGAGAGUUUCAGUUUAUGACCUGCCUGCCCAUUUACCAAUCCUCUUAACUUGGCCUGGUCUUUUGUCUUACCAUUAUUAUUGAAUAUUGAUUACUAGCAGAGCAAUGUUUAUGCUCUAUUAAUGACUAUCAUAUACUAAUGUGUUUGUUUUAUUGUUAAGUGUCUCUUUAUAUGAAUUACUAUCAUCAAUGUAACAUGUCUCGGUCACUCCAUCUCGAUCUUUUGGAUGAUCUUUUAUAUGAAUCGAUCUGGUGUUUUAAGUUUCAGAUUUUACUCUGGCAUAUCUUGAAAUGUAAUUGGUGUUUGUUUAAUUCAUUUCACUUUAGCCCAA